CUGUUUUCUUUGUUUCAACGAUGUCACUCGCUUCUCAGGUUGAUAUUCACGUAUAAAAGCACCGAACAUCCUUCUGCUGGUCGCAAACCUCUCUGUCUCCGUUAUCAUCGGUUCAGCGACGCAACCACCUGUAAGGGUUCCGCCAUGAACGCAGUUCUCUCCAUCGUCCUUCUCGGUUUCGUCUCUGCCGCCACCGCCGGCGUAAUCAUUGGUGACGAUGGCGACGACGGCGCUGGACACGGCACUGGCGACGGCCGUGCCUUCAGUGCCGGUUAUGGCAGAGGCUCCGGUGCUGAUUACGUGGCCGGUUAUAGCGCCAGCUCUGGCCCAGGCUCUGGUUCUGGCUCCGUGUCUGGCUACCGCUCGGGUGAGGGCUCUGGCUCCGGCUCCGGCUCUGGCUCCGGCUCUGGCUCCGGCUCCGGCUCUGGCUCCGGUUCUGGCUCCGGUUCUGGCUCCGGCUCUGGAUCUGGCUCUGGCUAGGGCUCUGGCUCAGGCUAUAGCUCUGGCUCCGGCUAGGGCUCUGGCUUCGGCGCUGGCUACGCUCCUGCCGGCGCUGGUCUAGCCGUCACUGCGGUGGCUAGAUGGGCAGGUGUGCCGACCGGCGUAGUUCACUGCUUCUCCGCAUCAUGACAGCAGGUGUGGCGCAGCGGUCGGAGGGCUGUCGCGAAGCGCGCUUUGUCUGCUACUGGUGCGCGCCAUGACGAUUUCAAGUUCUUUGCUUUUUCUAACUAAAACAUAAAAUAAAGUGGGACAUUUACGGCG